UUGUUGGCUAAUGCGGGAGCUCUAAAAAAAAAUGGAGGGGUUUCGACUGUUAGUAAAGUAUUUUUUAUCCCUAUCUUCAGUGUGGAAUGUCGGUCAUUUCAAGGACAGUGGAAUGCUCUUUCCCCGAGAGUCGUCGUCGCGAGAGAUCAAAGAGCUGAAUGGACUAUGGAACUUCAGGGCUGACCACUCGCUCAACAGGAACUUGGGCUUUGAACAAGCAUGGUACAAAAGUCGCCUCGCAGAGAGUGGUCCAGUGAUUGACAUGCCAGUGCCCGCCAGCUACAAUGACAUCACCCAGGACCCACGGCUGAGGGAUUUCAUUGGCUGGGUGUGGUACGAGAGGGAGGUGUUGGUACCCUCUGGAUGGGUGUCUGAGGGAACCAGAGUUGUACUGCGAGUUGGGAGUGCACACUACUACUCAGUGGUCUGGGUGAAUGGGAUCAAAGUGAUGGAGCAUGAGGGCGGCCAUCUUCCCUUUGAGGCUGAGAUAGUGGAGGUCCUCCGUAACAACCCAGGUGGGGCCUGCAGGAUCACCAUAGCUGUCAACAACACCCUGACUCUCCAAACCCUGCCCCCAGGGACUAUCCAACAUAUAGACGACCCCACCAGGUAUCCUGCUGACUAUGUUGUGCAAAACACAAACUUUGACUUCUUCAACUAUGCUGGUUUACAUCGGCCUGUAAAGUUGUAUACCACUCCUAAGGCGUAUGUGGAUGACAUCACAGUGCUGACAACCUUUGCCGACAACAUUGGUCUGCUCUCCUACCAGGUUUCGGUGCUGGGCAGUCCCAACCCCACGGUGACGGUGACUCUCUCAGACAAAGAUGGCCGUUGUGUGGCCUCUUCCACUGGACCCUCUGGGGUCCUCAAAGUAACGGACGCCAACCUGUGGUGGCCGUAUCUAAUGCAUGAGAAUCCAGGUUAUCUGUAUUCUAUGGGGGUUCACAUGACGACAAGUGGUGAGGGUUCUGUCUAUGAGGAUGUGUAUGCUCUGCCUGUGGGCAUCCGCACUGUGCAGGUCACCAACACACAAUUCCUCAUCAACAACAAACCCUUCUAUUUCCAUGGAGUCAACAAACAUGAGGAUGCUGAUAUCCGAGGCAAAGGCCUAGACUGGCCCCUGAUGGUGAAGGAUUUCAACCUGUUGAAGUGGCUGGGGGCCAACUCGUUCAGGACCAGCCACUACCCCUACGCUGAGGAGAUAAUGCAGAUGGCAGACCGCCAUGGCAUCGUGGUCAUCGACGAGUGUCCCGGGGUGGGCAUCAAAGAUAUCCGUAGUUUUGGGAACGCCUCCCUGUCACAUCACCUGGCGGUCAUGGAUGAACUGGUGAGGAGGGACAAGAACCACGCCUCCGUGGUCAUGUGGUCUGUAGCCAAUGAGCCGGCUGCUGAGAUGCCUCCUGCUGGAUUCUAUUUCAAGACACUGAUGGCGCAUACCAAAUCUCUGGACCCAACUCGACCUGUCACCUUUAUCACAGACAGUAACUUUGCCAGGGACAAAGGGGCUCCCUAUGUGGAUGUGAUCUGUGUGAACAGUUACUUCUCCUGGUACCACGACCCAGGUCACCUGGAGGUCAUCCCCUUCCAGCUCAACACCCAGUUUGAGAACUGGUAUGGGAAGUACCAGAAACCCAUCAUCCAGAGUGAAUAUGGAGCCGACGUGGUUCCGGGGCUACACACGGACCCUCCCAUGAUGUUUACUGAGGAGUACCAGAAGAUGGUCUUACAGAACUACCAUGAUGUGUUUGACCGAAAGAGGAAGGAGUAUGUCAUUGGAGAGCUCAUCUGGAACUUUGCUGACUUCAUGACAGCACAAACGGUGACCCGUGUGGUGGGCAACAAGAAGGGCAUCUUCAGUCGGCAGAGACAGCCCAAAGCUGGCGCCUUCCUCCUGAGGGAGAGGUACUGGAGGCUGGCCAAUGAGACGGGCCUGCUGCCCAUCGGAGCUAGGUAUCCCUGAUACACCUGGAUGGGGGACACACAGCACCUGGGUCGUAAUUCAUUAGAACAAAUACCCUCACUUUGUAACAAAACAUUUAGCUAUUGGACAAGUCCAUGUAGUCCUUCUGUUUAUCUGUUUUGUUCCGUUUGGUACCUAAUGAACACAACCCUAUAUGUGGGACAAACCCACGACUCAGGGGGUUGUCUUAUGACAACUACAAUGCUCAGAAGACCACAUUAGAUUGUUACCAGAACCAACCUCUUUUGGCUGAGUAUUUGUCUUCCUCUGUUUUUAAUUCAGGAAUCAACCCCAUUUUAUACAUGAAUGUAAAUCAUGAUGAUGAUCUGUGUCAGAUGAAUGGGAAUGUGUUGUAUGAAAAAUGCAUGUGUAUUGUUCUUAGAAUGCUUGCUGGCUCAAUGUUAAGACUUCACCCAUUUGACUUUUUCCAGACUGUUGUUACAGCCUGAAUUUAAAAUGGAUUCAAUUGAGUUUUUGUUACUGGCCUUGACACAAUAACCCAUAAUGUCAAAGUGGAAUUAUGUUUUUAGACAUUGUUACAAAUGAAAAGCUGAAAUGUCUUGAGUCAAGUAUUCAGCACCAUUUGUUAUGGCAAGCCUAAAUAAGUUCAGGAGUAAAAAUGUGCUUAUCAAGUCACAAGUUGCAUGGACUCACUCUGCAAUAGUGUUUAACAUGAUUUUUGAAUGACGACUGCAUCUCUGUACCCAACACAUGCAAUUAUCUGUAAGGUCCCUCAGUCAAGCAGUGAAUUUCAAAUGGAUUCAACCACAAAGACCAGGGAGGUUUUCCAGUGCCUCACAAAGGGCACCUAUUGGUAGAUGGGUAAGAAAAAGCAGAUCUUGAAUAUCCCUUUUAGCAUAGUGAUGGUGUAGCAAUACACCCAGUCACUACAAAGAUACAGGCGUCCUUCCUAACUCUGUUGCCUGGGAGGAAGGAAACCGCUCAGAGAUUUCAUCAUGAGGCCUAAUGGUGAUCUAAAACAGCUAUAGUUUCAUGGCUGUGAUGGGAGAACUGAGCCGGGAUCAACAUUGUAGUCACUCCACAAUACUAACCUAAUUGACAGUGAAAAGGAAGCCUGCACAGAAAAAAAAUAUUACAAAACAUGUAUCCUGUUUGCAACAAGACACUAAAGAGUAAUACUGCCAAAAUUUUUUGCAAAAAUAUGUUUUUGUCCUGAAUAGAAAGUGGUCAGCUUGUGACAAAUCUAAUGCAACAUAUUACUGAGUACCACUCUAAAAAAUAUUGUCAAGCAUAGUGGUGGCUGCAUUCUGUUAUGGGUAUGCUUGUAAUCGUUAAGGACUGGGGAGUUUCAGGGUUAACAUUGAAUGGAGCUAUACAUUCACAUUACUGAACUCGGGGAGUUGUUGUUGCCAUCCUGUACCUGUCCCGCAGGUGUGAUGUUCGGAUGUACCGAUCCUGUGCAGGUGUUACACGUGGUCUGCCACUGCGAGGACGAUCAGCUGUCCGUCCUGUCUCCCUGUAGCGCUGUCUUAGGCGUCUCACAGUACGGACAUUGCAAUUUAUUGCCCUGGCCACAUAUGCAGUCCUCAUGCCUCCUUGCAGCAUGCCUAAGGCACAUUCAUGCAGAUGAGCAGGGACCCUGGGCAUCUUUCUUUUGGUGUUUUUCAGAGUCCAUGGAACGGUCUCUAGUGUCCCAAGUUUUCAUAACUGUGACCUUAAUUGCCUACCGUCUGUAAGCUGUUAGUGUCUUAACGACCGUUCCACAGCUGCAUUUUCAUUUAAUUGUUUAGGAUUCAUUGAACAAGCAUGGGAAACUGUUUAAACCCUUCACAAUGAAGUUAAUUCGUAAAAAUACAAAUGUCUUUGAAAGACAGGGUCCUGACAAAGGGACGUUUAUUUUUUUGCUAAGUUUAGGUAUGCUUGUAAUUGUUAAGGACACAGGAGUUUAUCUCGGAUAAAAAAUUAUCCCAGGCAACAUGAAAACCUGGUUCAGUCUGCUUUCCACUAGACACUGUGAGAUGAAUUCACCUUUCAGCAGGACAAUAACCUUAAACAAAAACCCACAUUACACUGGGGUUGCUUACAAAGAAGGCUGUGAAUGUUCCCGAGUGGCGAAGUUAGUUUUGACUUAAAUAUGCUUGAAAGUCUAUGGCAAGUCCUGAAAAUGGUUAUCGAGCAAUGAUUAACAAACUAUUUGAAUUGCGAAACUAAUUGGAAAAUGUUGCACAAUCCAGAUGUGGAAAGAUCUUAGACCCAGAAAGACUCACAGCUGUAAUCUAUGCCAAAGGUGAUUCUAACAUGUAUUGACUCAUGGAGUUGAAUACUUCUUUUAUCAAGAAUGUUUUUAUUUUGUGUGUAUUUUUUUAUGUUUUGAAUUUCUUUCACUUUGACAAGUAUAUUGUGUAGAUCAUUGACAAAACAAUUACAUCCAUUUGAAUCCCACUUAUGCAGAAUAUUUAUAACCAUGAUUUUAUAUAGAAACUGGCAAUCUAUGCACUGUCUAAUACAAUUUCCUAAUUCUCAUCAGUAUAUUUGAAGUGAAUGACACAUUUUGGAGUUCACCAUGUAAGGUACUGUGUUAUCCUUUGUUUACAACCAGUUCAAGUCAGUCUUUGUUUUCGGAGCAUUCCAAUCAUCCCACAUAUUCCGCCUGGUGUCAUUCAGUUCCUAAUUUAGGCCUAUAUUCAAACCACACCGUGGAUCCACGCUAUAGCACAAUUUAAUUUGAAUGUCAAUGUUUGAAGACUGCAUUCUCGGUAAACGCUCUAUACAGUGCCUAGUGAACGUCUACACACCCUUUGCACAGCUGCACAUUAUGCUGCUUUUAAUUAAGAUCCAACAAUCUAUUCAAUUGGGAUUUUCCCCCACUGAUCUAUACCACCUACUCCAACCUUUCAAAUAAAAAACGACAUACACUGCU